AUGUCUUUGGGCGAGUUCUACGCCGACGAGAGUCUAGGCGGAUCCUGGGCCGACGAUGACAUAGAUAUCAAUUCGAUCGCCGUGUCGCUCCACAAACCAGAGCCGUCCAAUUACUUCAAUCGCAGCGACCAAGGCUCCUUCGGCCGCGGCAAUGGGUAUGGUUCAUAUUUAUCGGGUAUGGGUGGAGACCAUAUGUUCAAUGGCCGUGGAGGGAGGAACGAUGCGAUGCUUCGCAACUUGAAGCCUCCCUUUAUUGCAAAGCUCACUAAUCUCCCCGAAAGAGCUACCGGCAGGCUUGUAUCUGACUUGUUCAAAUCCAGAUUUACUCAAUUUGAAAAAUGCAAGGUGCUGAAGGACCCGCACCCUUCUGCCCCACGAUUUAAUACCUCUUCGUCUGGCAAAGUGGAACGCAAAUGUGCUUAUGUGCAGCUUCCCAGCGUACGCGAAUUACAGAAAGUGCUAAAGUGGAACGACGUGUUUAUCGACAGACUGAGAAUCGCUGUGGAGGUGGCUGAUUUCCAGGAUUUCGUGGACGUGCAAAAAUACAAUAAGGAGAUUGGGUACGACGACGAGGAAGAGGAGAAGAAACAGGCACACAGCGAAAAAGCUCCAGUGGAAAAGCGCAAGAUUGCUACGCGGCCCGUGAAUGGCCAAGAAGCCGCUCCCGUGGGAUCACCUUCCCCCGUCUCGUCGGCAGGGCAAUCAAAACCCAAACCUAAUCCUUUUGGAAAUGCAAAACCUGUUGACACAGCCAGCAAGCUUCUGGCGCUCGAAAACCAAGAGAAGACUUUGGCUGCAGCCAAACCAGUCUCACAACCAAAAUCAAAUCCGUUUGGUGCUGCCAAACCCGUUGACGUUCUCUCGAAGCAAUUAGAGAUUGAAAAGAAAUUACAGGAUCUAGCCAUUAACAGUACGACGUUCAAGACGAUAGCUGGCGCUGAGAAGGAGCAGGAAAAAGAGAGAUCUCUGUCUCCUAAGAAGAAGCACCAGCCACGGUCACAAGACAGUGUGACUGCUAAGAUACAAGCCGGCAAGAGCUCCAGACCGGACAGCAGAGCCCGUGAAAAGAGACAGUCACGAAAGGAGGAGAGAAAAGAACGGGGUUCAAAGGAAUCCGCAAAUGCUGAAAGAGAGGACAAGAAAGGACGAGAGUCACCUUCGACACAGAAGGAGCAGGACUCUAAAGAUGGCGAGACUGUGCCAGCAGAAGAGCAGAAUCACGGCGGAGGCGGAUUGCAGACGCCUACGGAGGACCAGAAAGCGGAGAAAACAGAAAAUGAGGACACUGUCAAAAGCAGACCCAUGUCCAGAAAAGAGUCCAAGUCUAAGGAUGCAAAAAAAAAUAAAAACGAGGUCAAGCCUGCAGAGACCGAGAAACAGCAAAGAGAAUCCUCAAAAGACAACUCGGAAGGCAGUUCCAAAUCAAAAGAAAAACCCAGUACAGCUCGCGAAAGAAGGCCAAAAGAUGCCUCCCUUAGGAAUCCCCACAACCCGCGGUACGUGCGCGAUGGCGAGCCGCCUGUCCGUGGUAGAGGCAGAAGCAGGGGCCGUGGUGGCCGUGGCGUGAAUAUGCGGCCGAACGAGGGAACUACGCCAGCAGAGAAUUGGGAGAGAGGAGACAAGCUUAGAGAGCUGAGCACGGACCAGAACUCCAAUGCCAAAGAAACGUCGGUGAAACAAACGGAAACUGAAGCUAAGAAGGCUGUCGAGGAUGACUCCCAAGCAGAAACCGAGAAAACAUCGAGAUCGUUUCGCAGGGGACGUUUUGGCGGACGAGGACGCGGACGUUUUGCAACGCACCAGUACACCAGCUUGAAGUAUGUCAAGCCGGGUCUUGCCCGCAACGGGGAGCCGUUGAAGCAGAAUGAGAAGGAGACUUAG